AUGACUAUUCGUACGACACUUGCUACAAUGUUAUUCGUUGUUCUUCUCGCACAAAUAUGCGAAAAUGCCAAUGGGCAAAAAUGUCCUGAAGCAGAAGGUGCGUGUGUAGGUCUGGGUGGUGGCGAUCUUUGCAAUGAUCGCUGCAAAGCAUGUGGCUAUAAGAAAGGAGAAUGUGGAGGCACGUUGUGGCAAACGUGCCAAUGUUUUCGUACUCGCGCUGAAUUACUUGCAGCACGUGCCCGUGAUGAACUUCUUCGUACGAUGGUAGAAGAAAACGAUUCUAUCUGUCCAGAUGAACCCGAAAAAUGCCGAGAACAAUGUAAAACCAAUGGACACCUCACUGGUCGAUGUCUUGCCGAUCGUUGCAAAUGCUUGUAA